AUGAGCUUAAAGAAGUCGAGAAGUUACCUAGAACAAUUUGGCUACUUGAAGAAAGGUCAACCAGAAGUCGGCAACCUCUUAAUGGGCGAUGUUUCGCACUCCUAUGAAGACGAAUUUAGGAUCGCUAUUAAAACUCUCCAAGAGUUUGGUGGCAUUCCUGUAACGGGGGAGAUUGACCAUUCAACAAAAGAAUUGAUGAAGCAGAAGCGAUGCGGUCGGCCUGAUCGUGAAGUUGGCGAUGAAAAUAGGAGAAAGAAAAGAUUUGCCGUGCAGGGAGAGAAAUGGAAACACACGAAUUUAACUUGGAGGUAA